AUGCAGCCCAUGGCGCCCUGGUUUCGCGGCUUCAAGGGGACUGUGCGCAGCAUCGAAGGCUCAGUUGGCAAGUAUGAAGCCUUGGGAGUCGCCUCUCAGAAGGGUCGAGUUCGCCUGGAGAUCACCGAGCUUCCGCCCAGACGCUGGACGCAGGACUAUAAGGACUGGCUGGUGGAGCAGCUCCCGAAGCCAGGGGACGAGAGGCGUGCAUCCAUCACAGAGCUCCGGGAGUACCACUCAGAGGUGGGACCUCUUCAGUUCCUUGAAGACAGCGCAGGGCUUUUCUAUGGACAGGCAUGCCAAGCGGUUCUCACACUUCAAAACAAAGUCUUGGAUGUGAUGCAGCUCCAAGCUCCCAGGGCUCUGCAUAACGAUGCCGAACGUCAGGUUCAAGUGGGUCCAAAUGCCCAGGCAGAGCGCCGCGGCUUCGAGAAGAUUUCGAACUUGCGGGCCGACGUCAACGAACUGAUUGAGGCCAUUGGCUCCAGCGUGCUCCUACACGGAUGUUUGAAGGUUGCCAGAGCGCAGCGCUUGGCUGCUAUGGUUGAUGCCCAGCCGCCUGUGCUGCUGGUCGUCGGGUCAGCAGGGGCAGGGAAGAACCGCGCACGCAUUGUGACGGUUGCCGUUCCGCGUGAGCUUGACCCUCCUCCGACAGUUGGUGCCGUGUCAGGAACAUAUCGUCUGGAACCAGAAGAUGCACUCAGGCCCAGUCUUCGAGAACUGCUUCCUCCACAUGGCUUGGAGUUCGAAGUGCUCGAAAUAGGAGGCCGCGAGCCAGUGCAUCGCGAGAUGCCGCGUGGAAGGCAUGUCUGCGGACUGCUCCUCUGCUACGACUCCAGGGACCGAACGACAUUUCUGCGAUGCUGGCAUAUACUCUGUCGUCAUCGUAUGGAUCGUCAUAUGGAGAUCUCUGGCUCAGAUGUUUCUUCCAAGCCGACACUUGCGUGUGUCCUCUGCGCGACAAAGAUCGAUGCAGGUGAGCCAGCGGUGACGAAGGAGGAGGCCAAGUCCUUUGCAGAAGCCAAUGGAUUGACCCUGGUGCAAACCUCUGCUCGAUCUGGCAAAGGAGUUCACGAGGCCUUCCAGACCCUUGUCGGGGUUGCCCUGGAUGCGGAGACGGCUCGCUUGGCAGAGCGCGCUGCUGCAGAGCAGCGAGGCAAGCUCCCUGCUGCGAGAAGUUUUGCGCUGCCGUGCGGGCUAGACGUCUGUUCGGAUCUCUCCGGGAUGACGUCGCCUCCCGGAGCCAGGCCCCGCGAGCCGCAGCGCGGCGUCCCAGCCACAGAACAUCUGGUGGAGGUGCUAGACAAGAAGGGCCAUGUCCUUUGUGGGCCACGUUCGCUGGCCGAGUGCUUGGACGGUGAGCUGCUUCACCGAGCUGUCCAUGUCUGGAUCUGUGUGCCGCGAACAGGAGCCCUGCUUCUCCGCCGCUGGUCCCAGCAUGCGCCGAAGCAUCCAGGACGUUGGGGUCCUAGUUGCCAUUCAGAAGUUCGUUGCUACGGUCGUGAUGGCCAUGCCAGCGAGGUGUCAACCCAGGCGGCAGAGCGCUCUCUGGUUGAGCUGGGGAUAGAUGCCGAAGCUGUUGGCGAGCCGCGGCACUGUUUCUCGUGUGAAACAAGAGAUGGCAAUGCAAAGGAGCUCCUGGAUGUCUACCUGGCACCCCUGGGUGGAGCCGGAUUGCGUUUGCCAGAAUUGAUGCUCCAAGAAGAUGAAGAGGUUGACUGGGUGUUCUUCAUGCAUGUCCUAUCGCCAGCUUUUGCAAGCAGCGGGCGGCUGUUCCACUACAGUGACGUGUACAGAAGGGCUCUGGCGAGACGAUUGCGCGACUACGCGAUUCCUGAGGAUGUCUACAAUGCUUUUGCUUUGGAUCUUGAUGCGGAAGUCGCCGGCCCUGCCCUGGGCGUGUCUAGAGAUCUGCCGUUGCCUCUACCCUCUUCAAAGGGUCGGCCAGUGGUUGCUUGA